AUGGAAGACUCUCCGAUCACGCUGGCACACACUCACGCUCGGAAUGCGGUCCUUGAAACCAGACGAUCGAAUCCAGUGGCUGCGAGUGAAGAGCAUGAUCUAGCAGCAGCGGAAUUUGCGCAUGCCGCCCAGAGUACACAUGAUGCAGAAGCUCUUCGGACCUUGAGCCUGCUCGAAGAACAUCACAAAAAGCUAGGACAGAUCCUCAAGUUCCGGCAUGAACACCCGCAGGCCGCUGUGAAGCUGGAAAGCCAUGACAAUGUCGACGAGGGCAAAUCGAAGCAAAAAGGGACAGAGGAACCAGCAGAAGACACCUCCAAGCACCUCACAGGUCUGGACGCUUUGCAGCAACCUCCUAGGCUGGCUAGAGGUACGCGCGCGACCGCUCGAGAUCUAUCAUCGUCGAUAGCUAGCAAUCUAGCAUCUGCAAGAGGUAUCCCUGGGGGUCAUAGGCGAGGUAUGCCUGCCUCGCCAACAAUAUCUGCGCAACAUGUGCCCGGGAAAUUCGCAAAAGACCAAGCCAAAGCGAAAGGGGUGCAAGAAACAUCCAGGGCUUCGAAAUUACAGUCAGACUUCUUCAACUCGAACGAUCGUUCCCAUGAUGGCAAGCCGUCCUGGGCGCCCCCUAAUCAUGUCACAAAUGAGGAGCCAGCGAAAACUGCAUCGCCAGCAGCGGAGUCGGUGGCUUCCACGAGUGAUGCACCGUUUCAGCAGUUCUACCACACUCUCGAGUCCCUCAUGUCCAAGCUCACCGCGCCUCUGGCCUUUGCCGGCUUACCCCUAACAUCCAAUGCAAAACCCACAGCUCCAUCAGACAACAGUGCAGAAUCAAAGAAGCCUUCACCAUCGGCACCCGAGAAAGACCUAGACUACUCCCAAAUGAUUUCCAAAGCCGCUCUCCGUGCCGUUCAAGAUGGUCAACCUGCGUCCGCCAACCCAGCAGAGUCCUUCUACGUCGUGCCAACAACGGGCGGCACAACCUCCUAUGCCGACAUCAUGACCCGAGCUGAUCGUACAGCCGCAUCCUUACGACACACCCGCCAUCUCUCCAACCUGUCAGAAGACAACAUGGAAGAUUUCGUGGACGCAAAGGAAACUCUACAGCCAGCAACAACAACAAAAGAUCCCCAGUCCCCUGAUCUAAGAAAGCUAAACCCAUCCUCGUCCCAGCCUCAUAAAAACAACCACCCAGCCCCACCCCAACCCAAUCAACCGCACCUCCUCGAAGAACUAACCCUAACAAACACCUACCUCAAACAAACCAUCGACAAACUCUCCAAACGCCUGCACAUCUUCGAAGCCUCCGCGCAAUCCUCCAGCGCAGCGCUCGCCUACUCUAUCCGCUCCCUCACCACCACCAACCACAACAACGACAAUCAACCCACCUCCAGCCCGCUCGGCACACCGGAAAACAGCGCCGGCAAACCCAGCAGUCACCCAAACACCGACGAGAAGGCCGCCAAAAGGAUCGCGGAGCUCGAGGAGAUCCUGCGCAAGAGCGAUCGCGAGCUGGCGAGACGCGAGAAGGAGAACGUCAAGCUGAACGAGAAUCUGCGCCGGUAUCGCGACAAGUGGGAGAGUCUGAAGAAGGGGGCGAAGGCGAGGAGGGAGGGUGUCAGUAGUAAUGGGAAUGGGAAGGGCGAAGAUGCGAUGGGAAUAGAGUAG